UUGGCAUGCAUAGAGUUUGUUUUUGUUGCUGCUGAAACAUUGUAUCUGCUGCUGUUCAUGACGUCACUGGCAGAUUUAAUUACUCUAGGUGUAUUUGCAGUGGUAUUUGUAACUUAAAUAUAUACAUAAUAUUACAUUUAUGGUAGUUUGUUUACCUGUUAAUGAAACUUUGUGCUUCCAUCAGCAGUAAUAGGCUGUGUUUGGAAAAGGCUUACAUAUUAAGCUAUAAACUGGCAAAAGCCUUAUUCUCUAGCCGUUAGAAGUAUAGUUUAUUUAAAGAAACCUAUGCAUAUUUCUAAAUGCUGACAUAUUGUGUAAGUGUAUGCAAGCCGCGAUUCACUGAUAAUAUAUAGAUAUAGGGAGCACUGACAGCGGAUACAUUGGAACACACACACACACCUGAACACAUUGUAUUAGCUGCUGGUUCCUACUGCCCAUAGUAUAAUGUCCAUGCUACCCUUGUUGAGUCGGACUGCUCUGCGCCCAGCUGUGUCCGUGAAGCCAUGGAGCUGGCUUGGAAAGGGCCGCUUGAGGUGCGGCAAGGACGUGGCAGUGCCAGGCUGCAGGCUGCUGGGCACGCACCCAAGGAAGGAGCCCAUGGAGCCCCUUAACACAGCACAAGGUGCCAGAGACUUUAUCUACAGCCUUCAUGCCACAGAGAGGAGUUGCUUGCUGCGAGAGCUGCACAGAUUUGAAUCCAUAGCUAUAGCACAAGCUUCCCGAUAUCCUAAGACCCAAUCGUUUGCGGUCAAGACGUCUCUGGUUCCGGCGGCCGCUCCGGAGGACGCUGAAAAGCUGGAAGCUGCCCCACCAUCAUCAGUACAGCUAAAGCACGUUUUCAUCCACAAUGCACUACCAUUCGUUGGCUUCGGCUUCCUGGACAACGCCAUCAUGAUCGCUGCGGGAACGCAAAUAGAAUUGUCUAUUGGUGUCGUUCUAGGAAUCUCUACCAUGGCGGCUGCCGCCUUAGGAAAUCUAGUGUCGGAUUUGGCUGGACUCGGCCUCGCAGGUUACGUCGAAGCUUUAUCCUCAAGAUUAGGUUUACCGAUUCCAGACCUGACGCCCAAGCAGGCGGAUAUGUGGCAAACGCGCGUCAGCGCACACAUGGGUAAGGCGAUAGGAGUGGCCAUCGGGUGUAUUUUAGGAAUGUUCCCUCUGCUCUUCUUCCCGAGCGACGAGGAGGAGAAGGCGAAGGCGGAGAAUAAAAACUGACAUUUUGUACCCUAAAGAAAUCAUACCUCAGCUCCGUAUGCAGACAUCUUAUCAACAAUAAGCAACCGAGGACUUCCACACGGGAACAAAAGCAUAUCCAGCAUGCAGGGGACUCUUCAUCUCAACGUGUGACCAUUACCCCGGCUUCAGUUUUACUUUGUAUGUAUGAAUGAAGAGUAAACCUUUUUCUACACUGGC